AUGAAUAACCAAUUUGAUCUAAGGAUACCAUCUUUUAAGUUAUGGAAAAGUAGUGAAAAAAACAUAUCUAAAAAUAAUAUAGGGAGUUGUGAGAUGUUCAGUGUUUCAAAGAAAGAUACUUAUGGAAAUCAUAAUGGAGAUAUAUUAAAUGUGAUACAUUCACCUACUUCUCCUACCAAUAGAAUAUUGCGUAAUGAAACAAGAUUUUUUCCAGUAAGUAAUAAACUUCCAACUAUGAGUCUAGACAUGGAAUCACCAUUCCUGGAUUACAAUAAUUUAUCAAAUCAGGACGUGAUUCCGUACAAUUAUAUGCCCUUUUUUGGUAAUAGACUUGUCAGUCAAAGUAAGAUUGAUGCUUUAAGAGAGACUGAAGUAACUGAACACUGUUUAAUUUUUCAUGAAGAUGUGGAACAUGAUAUUGAUUUUCGACCUGAUCUAUGUUUGAAUUGUGGUAACACCAAAUAUAAUCACAAUAUCUAUAAUACUAACAAAAAUAACAGAAAUGAUAGGGCUAAUGGAGAUAGAAUGACUAAUUAUUUAAAUAACAUAGAAAAAAGGUAUAGAUUGAAAAAGGAACCUCAAAAGAUUACUAAAGCACGUCACAGUUCAAAUUUAUCAAUAAAUACUUGUGAAGUAUUGGAAAAUUUUUGGAAAGGUAGCGAUUUACUAAAUUCAUUAGACCCAAAUUAUUUAGAAAUGUUAUCCGCAAUUGCUCGGAAUGAAUUAGAGGAGAUUUACAAGGCACAGUUACUUUUAAAUUAUGAGAAUGGUUCCUCUUUAGAUUUGGAUAUGUCUAAAUCUUCUAGGUUACGAAGAAAUUAUCAAAGAGCUUUAUCAAAAGCAUCAUGUAUACAAAAACCUUUAAAAUAA